CGCCCUCCCGCGAUGGCGGCGCUCUCGGCCGCGGCUCCGGCUCCCGCGCGCGCUCCUUGGCGUCCGCCUCAGCCUCUUCGCCUUCCGCAGCCGCGGGAGCCGCGCAGAGAGCCCUGAGGGAGGCCGAGGCGGAAUGGAAGGCCAGGCCAGGCCAGGGCGCGGCGGCGGCGGCGGCCUACUUCCUGAGGUAAACCUGGAAGCCAUGAAGGAGCCCGGCGAGGAGGGCGAAGGGGAAGUCCUGGCCUCACCCCCGGAAGCCCCCCCGGAGGCGGCCCCCGCUGUGCCGCAGGCCGAAGGGAGUGGCAGCAGCGUUGGUACCAGGUCCUCCACCAGCCGGGAGCGCCUGAAGCGGACCCAGAAGAGCAUGAAGGCAGAGGGUUCCGAGGCAGCCCCCACCCAGCCACAUACACCUGAGAAGGAGGCCACAGGAGCAGCCCUGACCCCGGAGGUGAAGGUGAAGACGGAGCUCCCGGAUGACUACGUCCAGGAGGUGGUCUGGCAGGACAAUGGCAGCGGUGCCAAAGAGCCUAAGAAGGGCCCGAAGGACGGGACUGGAGAGGUGCCAGCAGAGAUCUGCGUGGUGAUUGGGGGCGUGCGCAACCAGCAGACGCUCGGAUCUUAUGAGUGCGGCAUCUGUGGAAAGAAAUACAAGUAUUACAAUUGUUUCCAGACCCACGUUCGUGCACACAGAGACACGGAAGCCACGUCGGGCGAAGGAGCCUCCCAAGGCAACAACUUCCGUUAUACCUGUGACAUCUGCGGGAAGAAGUACAAGUACUACAGCUGCUUCCAGGAGCACCGGGACCUGCAUGCCGUGGACGAUCCCUACGACCAGGCCAUGAUCGCCAAGGAGGAGGUCAAGGAAGAGGAACCUGAGCCCUUUCAGAAGAUUGGUCCAAGUAUGACUUACCGAGUUUGCAACUUAAAGACAGGCAACUACACCUGCGAGUUCUGUGGCAAGCAGUACAAGUACUACACUCCCUACCAGGAGCAUGUGGCCCUCCACGCCCCCAUCAAGUACUCCCGAUCUCCACUCUUCGUGGCCGUGAAGACCCCCGGGAGCCAAUCGGGCAAAAAAACGCCGUCGGCCUCCAUAAUCCGGUGCUCCACUUUGCUCCACCGCUCUCCCUCCGGGGCCUCUCCGGCCUCCCAACCCCAGAUGUUCCGCGCGCCCAAUUCUGGAUCCCCCGGAAGCAAGGCCACCACAGAGAGCGCUUUCAGCCGGAGAGUGGAAAACAAGCUGCAGAACAACUUUGAAGAAACCAACAGCAGCUCCCAAAACUCCAGUGAACCCGCCAGUCCCCUGGCCUCAAACCCUUUACUGCUUUUGCAAAAGCCAUACACCUGCGGGGCCUGCGGCAUCCAGUUCCAGUUCUACAACAACCUCCUGGAGCACAUGCAAUCCCAUGCAGCUGACAACGAGAACAGCGUUACCUCAAACCAGCCCAGGUCUCCGCCAGCCGUUAUCGAAGAGAAGUGGAAGCCACAGCCCCAGCGCAACAACACUAACAAUGUGUCCGGCGGGAGCUCCCUGGCCAACAGCGCCAUCCCCGAGAAGGAGCGGCAGAACAUUGCAGAACGGCUGCUGCGGGUGAUGUGCGCCGACCUGGGAACGCUGAGCGUGGUGAGCGGGAAGGAGUUUGUGAAGCUGGCCCAGACACUGGUGGACAGCGGUGCCCGCUACGGGGCCUUCUCGGUCACCGAGGCCCUGGGCAAUUUCCACUCGCUGGCUCUCAAGCACCUGCCCCGGAUGUACAAUCAGGUGAAGGUGAAAGUCACUUGCGCCCUGGGCAGCAACGCCUGCCUGGGCAUCGGGGUGACCUGCCACUCACAGAGCGUGGGACCCGAUGCCUGCUACAUCCUGACGGCCUACCAGGCGGAGGGCAACAGCAUCCGGAGCUACGUCCUAGGCGUCAAGGGGGUGGACAUCCGGGAGAGCGGGGACCUGGUCCACCACUGGGCGCAGAAUGUCCUCUCGGAGUUCGUGAUGCCCGAGAUCCGGACGGUCUAUGUCACGGACUGCAAGGCGGGCUCUCCGGCCUUCUCCAAGGCGGGCCUCUGCCUUCGCUGCUCGGCCUGUGCUCUCAACGCAGUGGUGCAGAGCGUGCUGAGCAAGAGGACACUGCAGGCCCGCAGCAUGCAUGAAGUCAUCGAGCUGCUCAACGUCUGCGAGGACCUGGCGGGCUCGGCCGGCAUUGCCAAGGAGACCUUUGGCUCGCUGGAGGAGACGGCACCCCCGCCCUGCUGGAACUCGGUCACGGACUCUCUCCUCUUGGUGCACGAGCGCUACGAGCAGAUCUGCGAGUUCUACAGCCGGGCCAAGAGGAUGAGCCUCAUCCAGAACCUCAACAAGCACUUACUCAGCAACCUGGCUGCCAUCCUGGCCCCCGUCAAGCAGGCGGUGGUUGAGCUGAGCGGCGAGAGCCGGCCCACCCUGCAGCUGGUGCUGCCCACCUACGUCAAGCUGGAGAAGCUCUUCACCUCCAAGGCCAACGACGCCGGCAUCGUCAGCAAGCUCUGCCACCUCUUCCUGGAGGCCCUGAAGGAGAACUUCAAGGUCCACUCGGCUCACAAGGUGGCCAUGAUCCUGGACCCCCAGCAGAAGCUGCGCCCUGUCCCGCCAUACCAGCACGAGGAGAUCAUCGGCAAGGUCUGCGAGCUGAUCGGCGAGGUCAAGGAGUCCUGGUCCGAGGAGGCCGAGUUCGAGCCCUCCGCCUCUAAGAAGCCACGGACCUCUGGCGGAGGAAGCGGAAGCAGUGGCGGAGGUGGCGGCAGUGAGGGCUCCCCGGCACAGGAGGAGGACCGCUCUGGGAAGAAUGAGGUCUACGACUACCUGCAGGAGCCCCUCUUCCAGGCGCCGCCAGACCUCUUCCAGUACUGGUCUUGCGUGACCCAGAAGCACACCAAACUGGCCAAGCUGGCCUUCUGGCUCCUGGCCGUGCCAGCUGUGGGUGCCCGCAGCAACUGUGUAAAUAUGUGCAAACAGGCCCUCCUGAUCAAGCGGUAGCGGCUCCUCAGCACCGAGGAUAUGAACAAGCUCAUGUUCUUGAAGUCCAAUAUGCUUUAAGGCUCAGUGCGGGUGGG